AUGGCGCACAUUACCGAGCAUCCCUCUCGGGCAAAGCGCAGAAAGCUUGAUGAUGAUCACCAGGUCAGCGAGGAGGUGAAUUUCACAUCGCCAUCCCAGCUGCGCGAACUCCUGCUUUUCCAGCAAAAUGCUCCUACCGCCAAGCAAGGUAUUCUCAAAUUCAAGGAGUUCCUGGUCUCAAUUGGCCAGACGGAAAAGGAGAAUGACAGGGCCCAGAAGCUUCGUGUUCUCAAGGGCUACUGUGAUAAGCAAAUCACUCCGGGAAAAGAGGAAGACUCCUCGGUCUGCUUCCCGGACAUCAUCCAGACCUGGGGUUUCGCCGAUAGCAACAACAAUGAGCCUCUCUUGACUAAUAUUCCCUCGGUGCUGGCAAUCUUCCUAAAGACCAUCUCCCGGCACCUCGAAUUCCGGGAAUUUGGUGUCGCGUUGUGCAAGCACCUGCUACAAAAGGACCAGCUCAGACUUUUCAACCGUGGCUUGACGGCCACGAAGACAAAGGAGCAUCUGAUCUCUCCAUGUUUACGUCUUCUCACAGAAAUUGUCACUUACGAUGGUGGCGCUGCUGCUCGAAAGCUGUACCUCAGCCGUUAUAUCACUUUCAAGCGGCUUGAAAUUUUCUUGACACCUAACAAGCUGCAGCUUGAGGCUGCAGAAGACGAUGCGCCAAAGUCGACACUCCGACGGAACGCUCUGAAGUAUCUUCUUGCCAAUCUGAGAGUCCAGCACACCUUGGAGAAAAGCGACAUUCUCGAGCAGCCGAAACUCACUCGAUCGCUGCUUGAGCACGCGCGAAAAGACUCUCGGGCAGAUGUCUUGGAAAUCAUCAAAGCAGUGGAGCGAGAUGUUGUGCAAGAUGAAUCUCUGCCCCGAAAAUCCAAGAGCAAGUUCUUCAACAGAUGGAACCUGGAGAAGUUGGUGACACUUUAUGGCUAUGACCGCGAGUCUGAUGAACCCAACCCGGAAGGAAUAAUAAUUGCCAAUGAAAUUCACCGGGUCCUGAUGAAUAUCUGCAAGACCUCUGGUCUCGGCGUCCUCCUUCCCGAGACUGGUUGGUAUCCCGUUGGCGCCGAUCCCGAGACUCUACCAAUUGAGGAUGACGAAUGUAUCGAACUGGGUCUCGACUCGCCUAUUCAUGUUGACAAAUACCGAGAGUCCGUCCCCGUGCGAAACAACUCCUUGUCUCAUUUGAUUCAAUGCCUUCGCCCAGAUGUGGACAGUCUGCAGAUCGAGUUGCUGGUCACUAUUUUCAACGCCGCCCCUGAGCUGAUUGCCGACUUUUUUACCAAGAAGACCAUGUUCACGGCAGACCCCAAAGCCACCCCGUCAUGGAUGGCUGAGUCUGCUUUCCUCUUCUCAACGGUGCAGCUGCCCGUUCCCACCAACUGCGGUUGGAAGGACAAGCAGCCAGCCCUGCCGCCUCCCGCGUCCAUUGUUAUUGAGAAUGUUCUUCCUCGUCCUCUCAGCCAGAAAACCAUGACCCGGUGCCUGAACCAAAAUGCCGAGAUCAUUACUCUCUUUGCCGUGAGAAUCUUGACUCUUGCAUUCACGAAACUGCGGGCUGUCCUGAAGAUCUUCCGAGCUGAUCAUGGACAAGCCCAGUUGUUCUGGAACCAGGCUUCUUCGAAGUUGCUUGCUGAGUUCUCUCGUCGGAUUCCAGCCGUCAAGGAUGCGAUCCUAUUGUUCCGUCGGACUGCAAAGGAGGACUUGCAGCAGCAAGAAGCUGUUGCUGAGCUACUGGCUUGUUACUACGAAGUCAUGCCCGAUAUUGCUCUGGAGGAAAAUUUCGACGUCUCAUUGGUGUUGGUGGAUGUUUUGAAGCGCCUGGAAGAGCCAAAGCUCAGCGCUGAUGACUCUGAGAUGCUUCUGAGCCAGUUGCAGAGUGUGCUCCAGAUCGCGCAGCAGUCUGCCUCAAUGAGAUGGUGGCAAAAGCCAGCAUCUAUGCAAUAUUCGCCGUUCACCUCAAUUCUCAGGGUUCUGGUUGAAACUUCAGAUAAGGACUCUGCACGUCGCAUUUCGUCUCUGUUAAGGUCUGUCCUGGCGGAAAACUCCGUCUUGCAGAACCUCCCACAGUCAUUCAAUGCCCUUCUGUCCAGUCUUGAAGAUUCAGAAUCAGAGACUCUGCACAAACAGUUGAUUUUUAUUGACAACUGCGUGUCCCGAGUUGCGAAGAAGCCUGUGCACUAUUUGGACUUGAUCGGAUCCAAUUCUCAAGAUGAAGCCGCAACCAGCCCUCUCGUUGCAGCUAUCGUUGAACAAUGGCCUUUUGUCGUUAAGGCUGGUGAUGAAUCUGCUGAAACGGCCACUGGAGCCUGGAUUGCCAAGUUGCUUGCGCACUUAAAGCAGGCUGGGGAAAACUCAACUGCACUGAAGGCUGCUCGUGACGCUUUGAUUGAAGCUACCGAGACGAAGAAAACCCGCUCUUUGAUCAAGAAAUGCUUCAAGGGACAAGAGGACGUCGAUGACGAAGAUAAGAUGGAUGUGGAUUCUGGACCGAUCGCCCCGACGUCACCCGACAAGACCUCAACGGUGGAUCUCGAUGAGAUCUUCGGCUUCCUGCCUACGGAAGGCACCACACAUAACGCACUGCACAGAUGGGAGAGAGAGGAUCUAGAGCAAGCAGUCGAACAAGGUCGUAUUGCGGAGUUGAUGCUUUGUUUGUGCUCGGAGCACGAGGAAGUUCGGAGACAGGCAUUCGCCAAAAUUGCUCGCUUCAUGGUCCAGCUGAAGGAGUCCAAAUAUGUAGAGUGGCGUACUGUUUAUACUCUGACGGGUGAGCUUCUCGAGACCGUCAACAACAUCGGUCUCGAGGAGCCCAUUCCCUGGAUCAUUGGUGAAUGUGCUGCCAACUGCUUGAAUAUCCUUACCAGUCCCCUGCACAAGGUGUAUGGAAAGGUCAACAAAUUUUUGCAGAAAGCUCCCGUAUGGGAAGUGGAGAAGAUUCCAUCCUACUGGAUCGACAAGAUUUUCCUCAACGAGCCUGAGUUGGAUGACGGCUACUUUGACGAGAUUGACUGGCUACUGGGACUCUUCGUGAAGGGUCUGCGUACUAAGGCCGAUAUGGAAAUCUAUAGACGUGCCAACGUCUUCGAACGCAUUCUCUCACUCUACCAAUCCCCGACGCUUGGCGAGGCGGCGCGACGAAAGAUUCUGCACAUUAUUUACCGAGCUGCACAGGUGGGCGGCAGUACUACGCUGAUUACCCGCGCGGCCGUAAUUAGCUGGAUUCAAGUUCAGGUUGCAGAGACUGAUGCGAAGGAAGUGGCAUUGCUCGUGGCCUUGGCGCGGAAACUGUACGAGACGUCGGACCGUGAGCGGGUCGAUGCGUGGAGCGCUGGAACUAUUGAGCAUGCCCUGAAGGAGAUCUCUCAAGCUUAA